CGCAUGGUGGGAAUUUCUGUCUCUUUUCAGUAUCGCACUGAGAAGCGCUCCACCAUGCCCGACUCACCUGCGGAUGUGAAAACACAGUCCAGGUUAACACCACCCACCAUGCCUCCUCCUCCAACCACACAGGGAGCUCCCCGGACAAGCUCCUUCACCCCCACCACAUUAACAAAUGGCAGCAGCCAUUCUCCAACUGCACUGAACGGAGCUCCCUCUCCACCUAACGGCUUCAGCAACGGGCCUUCGUCUUCUUCCUCUUCCUCCUUGGCCAACCAGCAGCUUCCUCCAGCGUGUGGGGCGAGACAGUUGAGCAAGCUGAAGCGUUUUCUCACCACGCUGCAGCAGUUUGGCAACGACAUUUCACCAGAGAUUGGAGAACGUGUUCGCACGUUGGUGCUGGGGCUUGUGAACUCUACGUUGACAAUAGAAGAAUUCCACUCCAAACUGCAAGAAGCGACGAACUUCCCACUCCGACCUUUUGUCAUCCCAUUUCUGAAGGCUAACUUGCCGUUACUGCAGCGGGAACUGCUGCACUGUGCCAGGCUUGCCAAGCAGAACCCAGCCCAGUACUUAGCCCAACACGAGCAGCUUCUGCUGGACACCAGCACCACCUCACCCGUCGACUCCUCUGAGCUCCUGCUGGAUGUCAACGAGAACGGCAAGAGGAGGACACCAGACAGAACCAAAGAGAAUGGCUUUGAACGGGACACCUUACACCCAGAGCACCCAAGCAAGCGUCCGUGCACCAUAAGCCCCGGUCAGCGCUUCAGCCCCUCCAACGGGAUCUCCUACCAACCCAACGGCCUGCCCCACCCUACCCCGCCCCCACCCCAACACUACCGACUGGACGACAUGGCCAUCGCACACCACUACAGAGAUUCCUACCGCCACCCUAACCACCGUGACCUCAGGGAGCGCCCGCGGCCUCUCGGGAUGCAUGGGACUCGUCAAGAGGAGGUCAUAGACCAUCGGCUCACUGACAGGGAAUGGGCAGAGGAGUGGAAGCACCUUGACCAUGUAAGAAAACUCCUCAACUGUAUCAUGGACAUGGUAGAGAAGACGCGGCGUUCGCUGACCGUCUUACGCCGCUGUCAGGAGGCCGACCGCGAAGAGCUCAACUACUGGAUCCGUCGCUACAGCGACGCCGAGGAACUGAAGAAAGGAAGCAGCAGCAGCAGUCAGUCCAGACAACAGAGCCCAGCCAAUCAGGACACUAGCACACCAGAGAUACAUAGGGAGCUUCUCCACAGGCCUGUGUCCGGAUAUGUACCCGAGGAGAUCUGGAAGAAAGCCGAAGAGGCCGUGAACGAGGUGAAGAGACAGGCCAUGUCCGAGCUGCAGAAGGCCGUCGCCGAGGCCGAACGCAAGGCCCACGAGAUGAUCAGCACGGAACGCGCCAAGAUGGAGCGCGCGGUGGCCGAAGCCAAGAGACAAGCCGCAGAAGAUGCGUUAUCGGUUAUUAACCAGCAGGAGGACUCCAGUGAGAGCUGCUGGAACUGUGGGCGCAAGGCGAGCGAGACAUGCAGCGGCUGCAACACAGCGCGUUACUGCGGCUCCUUCUGCCAGCACAAGGACUGGGAGAAGCACCACCACGUAUGUGGCCAGACCCUCCAGGCCCAACAGCAGGGCGAGACCCCCACCACCGUCAGCUCCUCAGCCACGCCCAGCAGUGGAGCGGGCAGCCCGACCGACACCCCUUCAGCCGCCACCCCUCGCUCGGCCACCCCGGGCACUCCCUCCACCAUCGAGAACACGCCGCGCUAAAACCGACCCCUCCACCCCUAACCCCCCUCACCUCACCUGCAGUUCAGCCUGACUGUCUCUGUAGCCUCACUCACUGGAAGAUGAUCCACCAACGCGCUACAA